AUGACUUAUGUCCGCUUCGCUAACCAAAAAGUGAAAAAUCGUGUCCUUACCACCUAACUGGUAUAACCAGUUAAAAUUCACCAUUUAUAAUGAGAGAUAUGAAGUAUCGAUAUAUACAGAUCAAUACCAGAGGUAGUUAUACGUCAAGAUGAGUAUGUAUAGGCAGGAGACGCAGAAGGGGAAGCGAUAGGAAGGAUGAGAGAAAUGUGGGAGGCAAUUGGAGACCAAAACGAAGUACUAACACGAUUGUAGGUUUAAGUGACUACGAGAAUCAUAAAAGGCCAGAAUUGGUUUCGUUUGAUGAUAUUGACUACGAAAAGUUCCCCGACGUGCAACAGGCCAGAAAGUCGAUGAUGAGAGAACAGUGGAUCAGAACAUACUCGUUGAGAGUUACCCACGAGGCAUUGAGAAAGUGCAAGCAGUACCACGGUGAAGAUGCGCAAAAGAACUGCAGACCUUUAGUGUUGAAGUACAUGAAGAUGCUUGAAUCAUACCCAUUACAAGGCUACUUGGGCUACCAGAAGAACGAUCCAUCCCAAUAG